AUGGGCGUCUUGGGAGACGACUCGCGCGCUGAUCUGGAGGAGCCAAUGGAGCUGCCCAGGCCGCAGGUCCGAGGCGCCCGGGGCUUAAGGCUCCGCUUGGGGAACGGACAUGGGAGACGCACCGGCAGAGGUACGACGCCACUUUGGGUCAGCCACUCCGAGGUGUGCCCAUCCGUGAGGAACCUCUAUGGCUGCUUUCUUCUGAAGAGGAGGCUGGGUUUGAUCGCGGCGCCGGUCAAUGGCUUCGAGUUCCGGCACAAGGGCGUAGAGCACGCCUUCUCCUUCGUGCCCUUCAUCAUGGUGCGGAACUGCAAGUUCCAGGCCAUCACCAGCAACGGCGUGGACCUCGCGCAGUUCCGCUGCUUCAAGGUCUCCAUGUUCACCCACGGUGUGUGCCUCUACUUCGGGGUGCACGAGAAGGAGCAUAGCCCUUCUGCAGAGGAGAAGCGAGCAGCUUGGGUGCUGGACAUCUCCCGGGCGGUGCGCCUGGUGACCCAAUCCCUCUUCCCGAGCUUCCAGAUCGCUGUGCGGCCUCUCGCAAACGCACCUCACACGCGGCGCCGCAUCAUGGCGGGGUACUUGGCCCACCAUGAUGAUACCAGCACGACCUCUGUGCUGUAUUGCGAGCUUCAGCCGCAGCAGGGCGAACAGGGCCGGCUGGUCAUGUACGACAAUGAGAACUGCCAGGACAGCCUCUCGGAGGUCAUUCUGAGCCCACGUACAGUCUGCACUGAGAAGAUCGGCAUCAGUUGCACCUGCUUCACCGUGGACCAGCACCUCUUCUCUGCUCGCACCAUUGCGGAGCGAAAACUCUGGCUCAGGGCGCUGUCCAACAUCAAGGUGAAGUUGCAGAACGGGGCGCCAGAGCCAGAUGAUGAGGGGCUGAGGCAGUACCGGGUGGCCAUUCUGGAGCAUGCGCGCACCACCGGCUGCAACGACAGCCAGGCGGUAAUGGACGCGCUGCUGCAGCGCCACGUGCGUAAGGCAGAGUUCCCGGAGAUGCCUUUCGGCUACAACCAGGAUGGCUUCUUUGCAGCUCCUAUGCAGCCUGACACGCAGCGUCCGCGCAGCAAGCAUCUCCACCGCGCCAAGCGGAAGCUGGCCAAGAACAGCAGCGCGCCCAGCGCAGACCUGCCGGAAGAUGGGGAGGCGGUGGGAAACUUUGGGGCGAUCAUCACUGAGGGCCUGCAGCGUUUUGAGGAGCACUACAGGCCCCUAGGCCUGGCCAGGGACGAGGAGUGGGCCAAGCUGGCGCACAGCUUGCGGCAGCCCUUGCCCUUGGCCUUCCGCCUGAAGUCGCCGGAUGCGGUGCCGGAGCUGCAGCGAUUCCGAGAGGAGCUGCGUGAGGGCUGCACCACCGCGCGCAGCCGCUUCGUGCCGGCGCCCCGCUUCUUCGGGUUCUCGCAGGCGGUGUCCCUGGGCUGCGAUGCCAAGACGCUGCGCCAAGAGCAGUGGGAGGCCCCUGGCUCUGCGCUGGGGCGCCUGGCGCGGUGGCUCGCGGAGAGCCAGGCCAAGGGCCUGGUGUCGCGGCAGGAGGUGGUGAGCACAGUGCCGGUGGCGCUACUCGAGGUGCAGCCGGGACAUGUGGUGCUGGACAUGUGUGCGGCCCCGGGCUCCAAGACCCUGCAGGCCGUGCAGGCCCUCGAGGCCGAUGGAUCCACGGCGCCGUCGGGCGCGCUGGUGGCCAACGAGCUCUGCGCGCCGCGCGCGCGGGUCUUGGCGCGCCGCUGCGCGUCGUCCAUGGUGGCGGUGGUACAGCACAAGGCACAGGUCUUUCCAGGACCUGCGGUUUAUGACAGGAUCAUCUGCGACGUGCCCUGCAGUGGGGACGGCACCAUGCGGAAGCACCCGGAGAAGUGGCGCACCUGGAGCCCCCAGCUGGGCCGUCAGCUGCACGCCCGGCAGCUGCAGAUCGCCCUCCGCGCCGCUGCGCUGCUCAAGCCCGGCGGCGUCAUGAGCUACAGCACCUGCUCUUUCAACCCCUUGGAGAACGAGGCGGUGGUGGCGGCGCUGCUGGAGCGCACCCACGGGGCCCUCGAGCUGCAAGCGGCGCCCCAGUUGUCGGGCCUGCCGGUGCGGCCCGGGCUCAGCACCUGGACGGUGGAGGACCUGGCAGGAGUGCCCAAGCGGGAGCGCCGGCGCUUCCGAUGCUCCAUGUGGCCCCCGGCGGCUUCAAAGUUUCCCCUGGAGCGGUGCGUGCGGUGCCUGCCGUUUUUGGCCAACACCGGGGGGUUCUUUGUGGCGCUGCUGAAGAAGGUCAAGCCCUGGCCCGGGGCUCCCCAAGCGGCGGCUUCGGCGCCCGGGGCGUCGGGGCUGGGCGAGUUCUUGGAGAUGCCGCCGGAGGUGGCGGUGGCCCAGUUCUUGGACGGCUUCACGGGUGCGGAGGUGCUGCGGAUGCAGAAGGCGGAGGGCAUCACUGAGAUCACGGAGCCUGGCGCGACCACCCGGCAGCUGGUUGCCCAAGACCUCAGUGAGAGCUCCAAAUGGCGCUGGCUGCGGCGCGGACACCGGAAGCUCUUCCAUUGCUCCGACACCUUGGUCUCGGUGCUGUCGACGCCGCGGCCCCGUGCCCUGGCGCUGGUCUCCGCGGGCCUUUGCGCCUUCAGCCGGCCGAGGGCGUCGGCCACGUGGCGCGUCACCGCCGCCGGAGGCGAGCUGCUGCAGUUGCGGCGAGAGGCGAACGCCGCGGCCAAGCGAAAGGUCCUGGAAGGCCAUCUCUGCGCUUCCUGCGGCCAGCGGCGUCUGGGCGCCAGCUUCUCCCGUAAGAUGCUCACGCGGCCGCCGGCGAAGCGGCGCUGCGCCGAGUGCGUGGGGCAAAAGGCGGCGGCGAAGGCAGCCCAUGGGUCUCCUGCAAAGCAGCCGGACAUGGCUGGCGCAGGUGAUGCUCCCGUCGAGGCAGAGUCGGAAGCAUCCAGCCCCGCUCAUGAGGUCUACAGCGACCCCACUGUGGUGUCUUGGAGAGGAACGGUCACAGCGAUCUGA